AUGGAAUACUUGAAUAAACCGACACGUUGGCCCGCCGGAUCCGAUGAAGCUGAUCUCGAAAACGGUGGCGAUGAGGAGGAGGACGACGCGCCACCACCGCGGUCUGUGUCUGUGGCAAGGACGCCACGACGGCUCACUUUUGAUGACCGAAGUAUUCGUGCCGGAUUCGUGAGACGUGUGUUUGCACUGGUUACAUUGAUGUUCGCCGUCACCGCCGGCUUCUCCUCCGUCCCCAUCUUCAACAAAAAGUUCAAGGACUGGUGCCGCGAGUACUGGUGGGGUGUCUACGUGGCAAUGGCCGUCUUCUUCAUCUUCUACAUCACGCUCAUGUGUUGUCAAGGAGUCCGCCGUUGCUUUCCGUGCAAUUUGAUCAUUCUCACGUUUUUUACCCUCUCCGCCGCCGUCAUGACAAUGUUCAUCACGGCGUCCUAUUCGGUGGAAUCCGUGAUGAUCGCGUUGCUGAUCACCACCGGUUGCAGUGCGUCGAUUAUUUUGUUCGCGGCGACAACCAAGAAGGAUUUGACGUCGUGCCUCGGUAUCGCGUACAUCCUUGGCAUCUGUCUCCUCCUAUUCGGUCUGAUGACAUGUAUUUUUGUAUUGAUUUUCCAUUGGUACUUCCUGCAUAUUGUCUACUCGGCACUUGGCGCACUGCUCUGCAUGUUCUACUUGGCUAUUGAUAUUCAGCUUAUUAUGGGCGGUCGUCGUGUGGAAAUCUCGCCGGAGGAGUACAUCUUCGCCGCCACUCAUGUGUUCGUCGACAUUUUGACAAUGUUCUUCCAUAUUUUGGGAGUUGUUGGAAGAAAUUGA